AUGAACUCAUUAGCCACCGUCUUUCUUACUCUCUUGAUCACUGUCUCCACGGCCGCACCGGCGCUUCCUCAACGCGACGUUUUCUCGCCACCAGUAACCUAUCCUCGUUCUGGUACCGUAUGGCGCGUUGGAGAGCGGCACAAUGUCACCUGGGACAUGUCCGAUGCACCAGCCCACAUCACAAACGACGUGGGUAGGGUCGUGCUCGUCAAAAGUCAUGUCAUGGUCGACCUGAGUAUGCCCACGAUUAAUGAUAUUGUCUUAUCACUCACUCGCCCUUCCUCAGCCCAUCCUUUGGCCCAGGGCUUUCCUAUCAAUGUCUCUCGCCAUGAAAUUGUCGUUCCAAAAGUCAAAAGCGGCCAUGACUACCAAAUUCUCGUUUUUGGAGACAGUGGAAAUACAGGCGAAAUGUUCACCAUUCUUGAAUGA